AUGCUGCUGAUCGGCGCUGCUGCUCAAAGGCCGAAUGGAGAACCAGUCGCUCAGAGGCCACCGAAUAGCUUGUCCACUAUUUUUGCUGCACCACGCUACGCGCGGGACCGGUCCCGCUUACUCUGGGACGAUGUAUCGCAGGCUCCCGCGCUGCGGCUCGAACCGAACCGCGUAGUUUGGGGCCUCUGUGUGUUGUUACUUUGGGUCUGUGAAAUUAUGUAG